GCAUCGCAUCAUCGACAACCGUUCGGCUUUCGCCGUCCGUCUUUCAAGUUUUACAGCAGGACAAGGGAUUUAAAAAGAAAACCACUGGAUCUCGAAGAAAGCCGACAAAUGUCAAACGAACUCGCACCCACGAAAUGUCACAACAAACCCCAUUUUCACGUGUUUUGUGGCCGCGGUGUGGCAUCGUUUUGUGGAAAGGAUUUUGCAAAGAAUUUCGGAAUAACCGGCGGAAAAAGCGAGCAAAAUGAGCGAGGUGAUUGAGCUGCGACGGGAACAAUCGAUCCGGGAGUACGAGUGCAUGAAACAUCUGAAACUUUUCACGGACGAGGAAAUUGCGGGCAUCAAAACGAAACGGCUGAACCAUGAGUACAAAACCGAACGCCGGCAGAAGAAUCUGGUCGACUUUAUCAACUACAUCGCCUACGAGAAGAACGUUCUGCAGCUGCUGAGGGAAAGGCGCCGUAAACUGCACGUGAACCGCGAAUACACCAGCCUCGAGGGAGCCAUCAACAAGCGCAUCCGUGUGCUUUACAAGCGGGCCCUGGCACGGUUCCCUUCCGAGUACCGGUUGUGGGAGCACUUCGUAGAACACUGCCGGAAGUACCGAAAGAUUGUCGAGGGUUCGGAAGCGCUGGCCAAGAUGCUGAACUACCACGCCGAUAAACCGAAAGCCUGGAUCCGCGCCAUCGAAUGGGAGUACCGGAAGGCGAAGAACAUGCAUACUGCCAGACAUUUCGCUGUUCGCGGUCUGCAGCAGCAUCCCACCUGUGCCGAGAUACAUCUCGCCUUCAUCGGUAUACAGAUGGCCGAAGCAACGAAGCUGGUGAAGGAAUCUAAAGAGACGGCGGAAGAGAUGAUUGCCGAGCAGAACGUCUCCCUCUGCAAGCAGCUCGAAUCGGCCGCCCUGGUUUACGAGAACUACGAACAUAAAGAUGUGGCCUUCUUCGCGAAGCUACUGGAGCAACUGAGCGAGUAUCGUCCAUUGUCGAACACCCUGGCAGAGCGGGCACUGGAGGAGAUGGAAGCAAUGUUUGCCGAUAAAUCCGAGGAUAUGUGGAACGUGCGGGCCAACCUAGCUCUCGAUGGUAAUCCUUUCCUUGUCGAAGGGAACGACGAUGUCAAAAAGGCCGCUACGUUGAAGCAACGGUUAAACUUAUGCAUUGAAACAUUCCACAAAGGCCUUGAACGACUGCCAACGAAGAAACUCUACUCACACUACAUUGAAACUAUGCUGAAGCUGAACACUACGCAGUCGGAUGACAUUGCAGAGGAGAAAGCAAAACGUAAAGCACUGGCCGCUGCAUUCCGCGAGACACUGGAGGCCGAUCAGAUGGAGGAGGAAAAGCUAGUACAAUACCUGAAGCUGCUUCUGCUCAACGAAAAUCCAAAGGAGGAGCUCAUAAUGAACGUUAUCAACAAGGGCCUACAGCAAUUUCCCCGUUCUAGCGACAUUUGGACCCAGUACUUGCGGUAUCUUAUUCAGAAGGAAGCCGAUCUGAAAGACGUGGAACGCAUCUUUGAAAGGGCCGUAAGCUGCCUCGAUUCGGAUGAGAACAAAUUAGCUGUGUGGAAAAUGUUGCUGCAAUAUUUCCAAACUCGACCAGAUUUGCCGGAUAAAGUUGAGAAAUUUUUCCUUCAGGCAAUCCAACAGAGCCCGACCAUUUCACACCACUUUCAACCACUGUACCUCGAUUUCCUGCUCUUCGCCAAGAACGGCAUCACGAAGGUUCGCAAGGAGUACAACCGUUUGGUGAAAAACUUUACCACCACACUAGAGCUGCAUCAGAAGAUGGCCAGUUUGGAAGCGGCCGAAACGCAAACGAAUGUAUCCGAGUGGCGCAAAUGCCUGGAGCAAGCGACUCACUUCUAUGGCAAAAAAACCGCAACCGUUUGGCUCGACUACAUCCGGUUCGAGAUUGAGCAUGGAAGCCCGCAAAAGAUGCAGACAUUAUACGAGCGUGCCAAAGGCAUGCUGGAUGAGGAGACUUUUGCUGUGUUUCUUCCCGAGUAUGAACUAAUGAAGAACCCAUUACUUUAGGUUACAUGGCAUGCGAUGGGUGUAAUGUGAGGGCGACCAUGAUAAAUGAAAAUAAAAAAGAAUUGUUUUCUUUUAU